AUGACACCUCCAUUAGCACAAGGCAGGUAUUGUUCAGGACGAGAAGCCGCCUCUGGCUCCCCACUGCCCGCCCGUCCUUUGCAGCCAGCUCGCAGAGGUGACCUGGUGGUUCCCGUGCAUUCUCCUCGCUACCCAACGGCGGCAGAACUUGAUGCUUAUGCUCAGAAGACGGCCAACAGCCCCCUUUCUAUCAAGAUCUUCCCCACCAACAUCAGGGUUCCCCAGCACAAGCACCUUAACCGGACUGUUAAUGGAUAUGACACCACAGGGCAGCGCUACAGUCCCUACCCACAUCUCCACACUGGGGGCUACCAGGGUCUCCUUGCCAUUGUCAAGGCCUCCUCCUCAUCAUCUUCGUCAUCAUCAACAUCUACUUUCAUCCCUUCAAAAGGUGUUCUCAAGAACUCGGAAGGCAGACGGACUAAACUCUCUCCGGCCCACAUAGCUGUUGCCCCAUACCCACCCCCUAGUAGCAGCACUUUAGCAAGUGGCCACGGCCAAAUGGUUUACCACACUGGGCCCUCAAAGCCCCCAGAAGGCCCUGGAUUGUCGGUCCCCCCUAAUGUCACUGUAGCUGGCUCGGUGAUUCCUGUUACAGGGGGUCGUGGCCUGGCACUUCCCGCACAGUCCAACCUCCCAUCCAUCCAGAGCAUAAUCUAUCAGAUCAACCAGCAUUGCCAGGCCCAGGCUCUGCAGCAGGUAUGUCAAGGGGCCACCACCGCACCAACCAAUUCCAGCCCAUCCAAGCAGGGCACGACCGUCAUGGGGGUCUCUUCGAGCUCAUCAAGUGGAGGCUAUGUGGUAGGGAUGGGUCCCCAAGGCAACAUGGUGUACACAGGGCAAGGGCUGCCAGCUCACAACGCAGAGGCGUUGAAGACUGGGGUGUACGCAGAUAGUAUGGACUACAUCCUUUGGCAAAAGCAGCAGCAGCAGCAGCAGCAGCAGCAGCAACAGCAGGCUGUGCUCCGCAUGUACAGCGGAGGCAGCGGGGGAGGGGGCGCCAUCAGCAAGUCCCCCGAAACCUGUGUUCCGGGGAGCGGGAUCAUGGCGGCACAAAUGUCCUCCUCCUCCUCCAGACCCUACCACCUGACGGCGAGCGCCAGCGGAGGAGGGGGGAUGGAAAAAGUCAGCUCGUCCCCCUUGAACUGCGUGGGCAUGCACGGGAAUUUUUCAGUGGGUCAGUACUUUGCGCCGCCCUGGAACAGCGUGCUGGUGACGCCCGACAGCGACUGCUACAACCCCCAGGAGCUUUUGGGCACCUCCGGCGGGGGGCCGGCGACGGGGCACAGAGAGAUGGGCUACCCCCACCAUCAUCACCACUACCAUCAUCAUCACCACCCUGCCAUUGACAGCGGGGGAGGCCUGUGCUGCAGCCUGCCCAGCAAGAGCCUGUGCAACACAUCAGUGCUGAGCAGCAGCUUGCAGUCUCUGGAGUACCUGAUCAAUGACAUCCACCCACCCUGCAUCAAGGAGCAGAUGCUUGGCAAAGGCUACGAGACUGUGUCUGUGCCACGUCUGCUAGACCACCAGCACGCACACAUCCGCCUCCCUGUUUACAGAUAG